AUGUUACGAAAUUUUCUAUUGAGUUUAGAAAAUGACAACCACCCAUUGCUAUCCCCAACGCUAUGGGGGUUGCAAAAAUGGGGGUUAUGGCAACCGAAUAAAGGCUUGAAUUCCAAAAUAAAUAAUUUCAUACAUUUCGCGGCUACUCUCUUCGUGAUAAGCCAAUAUGUAGAGCUUUGGUUGAUAAGAGAUAACUUGAACUACGCUCUACGCAAUUUAUCAGUGACGAUGCUUAGUACUGUCUGUGUGGUCAAGGCAUUUACAUUUGUGACCUGGCAAGAUCAGUGGAAGGACGUCAUUGAUAACGUUUCGUUAUUAGAGAAACGGCAGCUGUCCAAAAAGGAUAAAAUCACCGAUAAAAUUAUCAGCGAGUACACAAAUUACGCUCGGCGCGUCACCAAUUUCUACUGGACGCUGGUAGCUGCGACAGUUUUCACAGUGAUACUAGCUCCGUUAGUCUGCUUUUUGUCGUCACCCGAUACUAGGGAACGUAUUAGGGACGGUUACGAACCGUAUCCAGAAAUAAUGAGCUCUUGGGUCCCGUUUGAUAGAAGCCGCGGUUUGGGAUAUUGGGUGACAGUUCUUGAGCACAUUUUGAUAUGUUUCUACGGGGGCGGCAUCGUAGCGACUUACGACUCUAAUGCUGUAGUCUUAAUAACGUUUUUCGCGGGGCAGAUGAAGCUUCUGAGUGUGAAUUGCUCGAGAUUGUUUGACGACGAAAAGGAAAUGACUUACGAAGAUGAUAUGGAAAAAAUUAGGGCCUGUCAUUACCACCAUCUGAUGUUGAUCAAGUAUUCCAAGAUUCUUAACAGUUUGCUAUCGCCGGUUAUGUUUUUGUAUGUGAUCAUUUGUUCUCUGAUGAUCUGUGCGAGUGGAAUACAGUUGACCACGGAAGGCACAACAACAAUGCAGCGGAUCUGGAUAGCCGAAUACCUGAUGGCGUUGAUUGCCCAGCUGUUUCUGUACUGCUGGCACAGUAACGAAGCUUUAGUCAUGAGUAACAAAGUGGACGACGGCGUCUACGCCAGUGCUUGGUGGUCACGCAGCAUCCAAGUGCGCAGAUGCGUGCUGUUACUCGCGGGCCAGCUGCGCAAGAGUGUGGUGUUCACCGCCGGCCCGUUCACUAAGCUCAAUGUGCCCACUUUUAUUGCUAUAUUGAAGGGGUCGUACAGCUACUACACUCUGUUAAACAAUAAGGAUGACUAG